AUGAUCCGGACAUCGGUCAUGUCCUCGAUGGAGGGCAGAUCAAUCGGAUACGUGAACAUUUUCCUGUUCAUCGUUUAUUUCACUUACAUCAUCAUCGGAGGAGUUGUCUUCAUGUGGCUAGAAAAACCUGAAGAAGAACGGGUUUGCAGCAUCGAAAAUGAACGAUAUCAAAAUAUUGCCCGUCUUCAGAAUUUAAGCUUGAAGAUUGAAAAUGAAGUGGAUACUUCUUUGCUCACGGAUAAUGAUGACUCGAUGACGAUUCAAAGAGCUUUGAGCAUUGUCGACAACGGAAUCGGAGAAAUGGAAUAUCUGACGGGACAAAGAAGAAAAAGACAGGCGCACUGGGAUACGACUUGGGAACUCAGGAAGCUAGAAAAUAUCACGAAGAAUUACGACGUCGACAAUUAUCGGGUCAUCAACGAAGAAAUGACAUACACGGAAGCAGUAAGCAGAUGUGAGUUCUUGGGUGACUGGGCGAUGACAUCGACGACAUCGAUGGACGAACUCAUAUUUCUUCAUCACAAGGUUCUAGCUGCCCAGCCGCUCCAGCUGUGGCUAAGGCUCAAAGAGACAGGGGCUACUCCAUGCGAUACCACAUGUUGGGCGUGGAAGAAGACGACCUUUUCGAAAUACAAUCGCCAUGUGAGCAGCUGGAAGCGCCAUCCGAAUUUCCGCUACAAAAAUUGCCACAAGCAGCUUCCAACAAUCUGUAAAAGAACGAAGCCAAAAAGUCCAUGCGAGGGCAACACUUGUCCAAAAGGAAGUGUCUGCGCCUUGGACUCCCGUCAAGACAAGGGGCAACCCACUGAUGAGAAAAAUCUGUGUGUAGGAACAUGUCCGAUCGGCUACGCUUGGGGGCGGCCGUACGCUAAUCCUGGCGAAGAAACCGAGUAUGGAUGCUUCGACAUCGACGAGUGCGAAGAAGGAGUUCACCAGUGCCAGGAGCCAUUCAUCUGUCUCAAUCGCCGCGGAGACUACAUUUGUUCCUGCCCUUACCAAAUUUAUAAGCGAUCGAAUGGGGAGCUCAUCUGUCAGAAGCAAAGUUUGUGGGGACCUGUCGAAGAGCCUGCUGUUGACUGCGACUUUACAGACUCAACGAAUAGAAACUGUAAUCCAGAUCACAGGAACAAAACGACAGAGGAAGAGGAGGACAUAAUGGCUCUUAUCAAAAAACAUAAAAUACCCGUUGAAGAAGUUUCAAAAUCUGAGAAGCCGCGACCCGCACAAAUCAACCCUUAUAACAGUAAUGCUCAAAAGAUUUCAGAAUACUUUACCCAAGAAGAAGUGGCUAGUAAAUACGGCAACUACAGUGGCAUUGGAAAACUGAGCGGCGAAAUUUCGUACAAAGCGACGCGACAACGUGGAUUCCCGAAUUUCCCAACAAAACUCGAGUUUCAUACGGCGCUGAAAGAGGGAUUCGUGCAAGAUUCCGUUUGGCAUGCGGCUCAGCGAUUUUUCAAGGAUAUGCCUAGUUAUGAACGAAGUGCAGCAAGCCAGCUGGCAAAGAUCGAGGAAUUCAUGAUCAGUGCUGAAGUGACGUUGUGGAAGAUGCGUAAAGGGCACACCACAUCUCGUUUUGUCUCAGAAAAUCCCGAAAAUGGCGCGAACCAGAUCGACGCUAUAAAUAAGCUCUUUCUGAAGAAUGAAACUUAUGGGAAAUCUGCUCUCCUCGUUGGCAAUGCAAUUAUCAACUUUGAGCAGGGGACAAUCGUGACUGAGGUGGCAAUGUCAAAGGGACACAAACCAUCAAGAAAACAACUCCAGGUCGUAAAGCACAAAAGCGAAGAGUCUGGAGACAUAGAAGAGUCUAUCGUCAUUGUCGAUAAAGACAAGGCCGACGAAAUUGAGGGGCUCAAGUCCGAGGUAAGGAAUGCAUCUGAAGUGAUUACCAACAAAACCGCCACCAUCGUCGUGAAAACGGAGCAGGUUCACUUGACCCGCGAAGAACUCCUCCAAACGCGAAUCGCGCUCAUGGCCAAGUAUCUAAUUCACAUCAUCAACUCAUGUUAA